CCGGAAGUUCGAAUCGCUUUGUUCCGGUCGCGUUCACACACUGCAGCCACAAGUCUUUGCUAUUUGUUGACAGUAGCAUAGCUAGCCAGUCUGAACGGCUAUGUCAAUAUUUUGUUGACUUAGCCAGCUGAAGCGUUGCUGUGAAAAUGAGUUCUCCAGGGAAUCGACACGGGACAAAAAGACCUGGCUCUCCAAGUGAAGAUGGACCUACACCAUGGGAAGCUGCAGAUCUGGGGGAUAGUGAGAGAAAGCAGAAGUUUUUGCGGUUGAUGGGUGCAGGGAAGAAAGAGCACACUGGGCGCCUAGUCAUUGGAGAUCACAAGUCAACAUCCCAUGUCCGCAGUGGGGCGGAGGACAAGAGGAUGAACUCUGAGCUGGAGCUGCAGUACCAGCAAGGGCUGGACGGGAAGCUGUCAGGCAGAAACAGGAGACACGUUGGCCUGGGCUUCAGUGAGCCUGACCCAGCCCCACCUUCCCCACCUGCAGAAAGCCAAAGCAAAGCAGAGCAACCAGCCAGUCCCAAAGCCCCAGACAGCCCUUCGGAAAACCAGGAGUCACCGGAGAAAUCCCCUUCACAGAGCCCAAACGGCAGGACAGAGCCCAGCGCAAAAGACAAACACAAAAUGGCCUUUGUGAAGUCAUCGUAAGAAUGGGCGAAAACUAAAUCACUUUCUCAUUUCGAACCACAGAUUUGUAAACACGUUCUUUUGUCUCUGAAGUAAUUGGUAACUUCGUGGUUUAAGAAUGUUUUAUUUUUUUAUGUUUCAAUGCUGAGCAGCAGAGUAGUGUACUACUGUAGGAGGUGACGUAAUCGUCGAUUGAGAGAUUCUUCCCAUUAUUUUCUUGUCAAUUUUGAGGAAUUCCUAACUGUAAGAGGGACUGGUCUGAUGUGUUUUUAAUGGAUCUGAGAUGAAGCAAAGGCUUUAAUUAAGUUGUAUUGAAUGAAACUGGGUUGAACCUAUUGGCUCGAUAGUGCUUUUACAGUCCUGUUCAGUGUCUCACCAUCAGUAAGUAAUAAAAGGUACUUGAUGACAAA